AUUGUGUAGAUCUCAGAACCCUAACUAACGUAUCUUGUUCUUUAUCAUCUUCCAUUAGAAUACCCCAAAAGAAGAAAAGCCAUAGGUUUAGUUCAAUGGAUAAUUAUCUUUGGGAGAUCUUCACUAGUAAACAAAAUAUUGAACAAGAUCAUGAUCAUCAUCACCAGCUACUUCAGAUUCCUAAUUUCCAAUUAAAUGGAUUUUGCCAACAAGACCAAAUCCCUAAUCAAGAUCUCAUAUGUGGUCCUCAAGAAAUUUCUUCGGUUAACAGCAACAAUAACUACGCCUCAGUCCCAACAACUACGUCGUCAGUCAAUAGAAGUAAUCUUGAUAAUACUAACAAGGGGCUUAUUAGAAGGCAAGAAAGUACUAUAAGUGGUAAUGAAGAUUCCAAGAAAGUUGUGCAUAGAAAUGUUGAAAGGCAUAGAAGGCAAGAAAUGGCAAAUCUUCUUACUUCUCUUAGAUCCCUUCUUCCCCUUGAGUUUAUCAAGGGUAAACGUUCAGCAUCAGAUCACAUGCAAAUAGCUGUGAAUUAUAUAAGGCAUCUUCAGAAGAAUACAAAAGAGUUGGAUAAUAGAAGAAAACAAAUCAAGAAUUCAUUGGAUAAUUUGGGUGCUGAAAAUGGAAGUUCUUCAACAAGUUAUGUGCACAAUAAUUCUGUGAUAGUAAACACAUGUCAAGAUGGUAUGGAGAUUUUGAUUAAUGCCAAUAGUCAUAAAGAGGAAAUGUUUCCUUUGUCAAAAGUGCUAAGAUGGCUACUCCAAGAAGGGCUAAAUGUUGUUAGUUGUGUAAAUUCCAAACAAGAUGAAUGGACUUUGAUCAGGAUUCAAUGUCAGGUGAGUGAUAUAUCAAGUGUCAGUGCAGUUGGACUGCAAAAGAAAUUGACUGAUUUGAUUAGUUAGCACAAGGAAUCCAUCAAUCAGUCAGGGAUCUAAAUACGGGUUUGUCUAUCGGAAACAACCUCUGUACUUCCUCGGGAUAAGGGUAAGGUCUGCGUAUACACUACGGUCUCCGGACCCACUUCUAGGAUUUCACUGGGUUAUUGUUGUUGUUGUUAUUUAGAUUUGUCAGCAUAAGGACCGUCCUUAAGGAUGUUACUGUAUGUUACUGUAUAUGCAUGUUACUGUAUUUGUAUAUUAUUAUUGUACUAGUUGUUAUAAAGACUUAAUUUUGGUGCA